AUGGUAUUUCUCACUACCUCGACUCCGGGAGACUCGGCAGGGUCAUCUAAGCCAAUGGGCAGCUUUGUUUAUGCCAUGCCUGAUCGGACAUCUUCCACUCAAACAAUCUCUACAACUAUCUACAGCACACCAUCAAGCAUCGAGUACACCACCCGGGUAGCCAAGAUCCUCGCGCGACGGAUCAAGAUGCCAGUCUAUGUUGGCUGUAGCAUUGACCCGAACGGGCUGAGCCUAACGGUAGAGGAGGAAAUGGAGGGACUGAAGCAAAUUGUGAAUACCGUCGUGGAGCGCUUUGAGGCGCAAAAGCAAUAA